AUGUACGGAAGGGUCCGGAUUCUACAGUUGGGAAACUUGAUAUAUUUGAUCUUUAACAUCACCGGAAGCUUUAGCCAAUCCACCGCGCAGAUUAUCAUCUUCCGAUUUCUCGGUGGCUUUGGAGGCAGUGGUCCGUUAGUGAGGUGGACGUUCUAUAUUAUGUCGAUUAUCAAUGGGCUCGUGGGUAUAUUUAGUGUCUUCUUCCUAAGGGAAACCUACGAGCUAUAUCUACUGAAAUUAAAAGCCUAG